UGAGUUGAACGUGGCGAAUGAAAUCACAGCUUCAAACACUAUAAAUUCCGCCGUAGAAUUGCCACAGUUUCUCUGCGUGUAUUUCUCUUUACCCACAGCUGAUUUUCGUUCAUUUUGGGGUCUGUCUUGUUUCUUGCCUCUCUCUCUCUCUGUCCCACCAACUGCUACAACAGUAGCUACCUCAUUCCAAUAAUACACCCAACAAAGAGAGAGAGUGUUGAGUUAUUGAAGUUCUUGAUAGCAUUUACCAUUUUCAUGAAGAUUUCCCACCUGGGUUUGUCCAAAGAUGCAAUCUUUACAAGAACCCAGUAGCGCGGAAUCAGAAUCCGCGGCUGAUUCUGACAACGGCGGAGGUUUUGGGAAAGAUGCAAUUGAGAAGGGGAGGAGGGAAUCCAGUGUGUCGCAGUGUUGUGUAGAGAUUGUGGACCUGGAAGGGGAAGGGGUGGCUAAGACUGGGAGGGAUUGCAGGAUAUGCCACCUCAGCAUGGAUGCAACCAAUCAGGAUUCAGGGCUUUCCAUGGAACUGGGAUGCUCUUGCAAGGAGGAUUUGGGCGCUGCCCACAAGCAAUGUGCUGAGGCUUGGUUCAAGAUCAAAGGAGACAACUUGAGUUGUCGACGGGAUUCUGCCUCCCGGGACUUCUCUUUUAUCUCUUUUAUCGUCUCCGGCAUCUUGAUAAGGGAAUUACCCUUAUCACCCUUGCACAAAAUGUGGUCGGAGUGGCUGAGUCCGAGCCGACGGAGUCAUGGAACGGGGCUAGUGAUUCUGCAGCAGCUCAGAUGCGGAACUUCUGGCAAUGCCGCCGGUUUCUGAACUUCUUGCUAGCUUGCAUGGCGUUCGCCUUUGUCAUAUCCUGGCUUUUCCAUUUCAACGUGCCGUCCUGAAACUCGUGGAGCUGCUCGGAGCCAUGAGACGCCGUCGUGUACAUUCGUGACACAGAGGAACAAGAUGCUACCUAAGUUCAAAACUUUGUUGUUACUUUCAUUUGAUUCUGUUCUAUGAGUAGAACGGAAGCUGUGCACUCGCCCGUGCUCUCGCUCUCUAUCCAUCCGACGCAUUCAGAAUUUUUUAUUUUGGGUGCGACAAAUAAUUAUGUAGUACGUCAGUAUCAUGGAAGAGCAAUUGACGUCGCAUCGAUGUCGUCAGCGAUGUGACGAUGUUUUUCCUUCUCUUCGUCUCUCUCACUCUACAUCUUGUUGUGGAUAUUGGACAAUGAGCUAUGGAUUAAUAGGUUAUGAAGUGUAUAAUUAUUAGAUAA